UGCAGAUAGUUUCAUGGUGCCUAAUGUCACUCGACGACUUGGCAGCGCUGUGAGAACGACGAGUCCGGCGAGAGCGACUCGCAGUGGGAAAGCAUGGUGCAAACACGCUGCGCCGCUGCAGUCUGAGUGCGUCGUGCGAGACGCCGUUGUCGGAGUGCCCGCUGAGUCGGCACGUGUUCGAGCCAGCGCUGCCGGACUCACCGCUCAGUGACGAGCGCGUAACUGCCCAUCUUCGACCACCACCUCUGGGACGGGCUGUGCGAGGCUUGGGCUCAGCAUUGACGCAUUGACGAGGACGAUCAGCUAGUGGCUUGCUGUCUAGGCUUUUUGAGGAAUCGUACCCAUAGGCAUCUCGAUGUCCGUCCAAACAUCAAUAUCGCGUGCUCUACAGAGAGUAUGGACCGCAUUUAUUGCUGCCGUGGGACGGCUAGAUAAGUCGCUUUCGCCCAAGGACACACUCCGGCGGCUUAGCCAGCGUCAAUGGACGUUUUCCGACUCGAUUUACCUCUUCCACAUCGCCCUCGCUACCUUCUGGAUGAGCGUGAUGCAGGCGCCAGGCUUUCCGCUCAAGCUCAUGAUACCCACUCUCUACGCAAUCAUGAUCCUCAUACCCCUUACCUCCCAGUUCUUCAUCCCGGCUACCCCGAUCUUCGCGUGGCUCCUCACGUUCUACACGUCGCGCUUCAUCCCCGUAAAUUGGCGGCCAAAUAUCUCUGUCGUCCUCCUUCCGACGCUGGAAUCCGUGCUCUAUGGUGCUAACAUAUCCGAUCUCCUCACCCGCUUCACCCACUCCUUCCUGGAUAUCUUAGCCUGGCUGCCGUACGGCGUCAUCCACUUCAUAUUCCCAUUCGUUGUCGGCGCUUUCCUUUGGCUGUUCCGAACGAAGGAGGCGCUGCACCUCUGGGCCAGGGUAUUUGGCUACAUGAACCUCAUCGGUGUCAUUAUCCAGAUCCUCGUACCUUGCGCACCGCCGUGGUACGAGCUCAUCUACGGGCUCACCCCCGCGAACUACAGUAUGCCAGGCUCGCCGGGUGGUCUCGCACGGAUCGACCGGUUGUUCCACUCCAACGGUUACACUGUCACCUUCAGCAACUCACCCGUCGUCUUCGGUGCUUUCCCGUCCCUCCACUCGGCAUGCGCCACCAUAGAGGCCCUCUUCAUCUCGCACUUCUUCCCACAGUGCACCAAAUUCAUCUGGACGUACGCGGCGAUCCUCUACUGGGCGACGAUGUACCUUACGCAUCACUACCUCAUUGACGUCGUCGGCGGUUCCUGCCUCGCCAUCGCCUGUUUCUACCUCUUCCUCCCAGACGCGCUCAAGGGCACGAAUGCGCUCCUUCCCCCGGGUGGACUGAGCACCACUACGUUUGGCGGGCAGCGAUCAAAGUACGAGCUGUACGACCUCGACGAGCCCGUGGGUAGGCGGGGACGGGGCAUGAACAGCAACAUCAUGCGUGACGCGUCGGACUAUGACCUUGAGGAGUCCGACAGGGAGUCCGACGAGGAAAUGGACAUCACAUUUCGUUCGCCGAUCACGCCUGGGCCGACGUCUGCGACUCCGCUUAUGAAGCCAAAGGGCGGCGCAGCAAACCAGGCGAAGAAGAGCCAUCGGCAUACCGCGAGCAUCGCUAGCCUCAUCCGCGCGGAGGAGCGGGCAGAGGAAGGGUGGAGCCCCAUCACUGCGUCGUUCAACAUCCCGCCUGUACCGCGGAGCGACGAGACGAGAGGCCCGCGGCCAUAGACGGCGGUUGCUUUAGAGCGUCUUGGGGACAUUGGGCGAGGGUUCGGUUGGGUUGUCGCUUCUCUGGUGUAUCCAUGUAAUCUCCCCUUCUCCGCGCACAGGUAGCCUAGUACUCUUACCAGACAGUCUCUUCCCGUUCGCAGCAUCCUAUACAGUUUGUCAAUCACUCGCUCAUUCACCGCAGUAUCUAUAUUCGUACAGAUAAUGUAACCAAUACUGGAAACAAUGUACAGAUCGCGUGCAGUCUGCAGUCUACUUGAUACAGUAUCUGUGCUAAGUAGAUGUGGGCAUGAAAGUUGUUGUUACUCAGUGAUGUGUCAGGCUGCAUGUGGUUGCCUCUGUGGAUGGGAUGGUCACACUGCUAC